AUGAGCCUUGAUAAAGCAUAUUCUCCGCCCAUCUUUGCACUAAUAGUCAUUGCCCUAGUGGUAAGUGUUAUCGACAUAUCAGAGUACAAAUUCGUGAAAUCUCAGAGGCUGGCAUCUUAUCAACAAGGCAGUGACACAGUACCUUUCGACUACUCAAUUAUGAAGUGUCUCAACGAUCUAUUCAGUAAAUGUUCCAAACUACUAUUCUAUAUAUGCGUCUAUUUCGUACUGAAACCAUUGAAGGCUGUAGCUAAAUCUGACAUCGAAUUUUCCUUCAUAUUCAUUCUUGCCAGGUGGAUAAUUACGAUCUUUCCUAGCAACUUAAUACGGAUAUUCCUAAUUGAUGGCCGUUUUAACUUCAAUAAUUUACCAAUUUCAUUAUUUAUUGCCAAAGAGUUAGUUACACAACUCAUAAUCUUCAUUCUCACCAUCGCAUUCAUCUCUCUCUUCAGAAUUCUUGCCAGAUACUUUGGAAAAUUUUCUUCAAAUGAUGUCUUGAUUGAUUUCGAAGAAUCAGACUCAUACGAUACUGCUUACGACCUUUCAUUAUCCAGCAGAUCUCACUCCAGUUUUCAAUCUGAUACAAAGAAUCCAUCAAUAAUUACAAUUUUCAACGUAACAAUUGCAUUAUCCGUCAUGAUUUCUUUAUUCUGUUACAAUUGGAUCGAAACUUCCUACUUAAAUAACAGUUCGAUACUACCCGAUUCAAAAUUAAUGAAAUCAUUGCUGGCAAUCUGGAACGCACAUCAAAUUGCAUAUCCUGGAAUCAAACUACAUAUAGAAUCCGGUGUUUCCAACCAUCUAAAAAUAGGUUUUUACGGCAUAAUGAGAAGAAAAGUUUUAAUCUCUGAUAAUUUAGUUUACGCACUUGAUUAUCCACAGUUGAAUGCCAUAUUGGUCAAUCACUAUUACAGAUCAAAUAAUCAAGAAGGAAUUUUGAUAAUAAUUUCUUAUUUGAUCCAACUUUCCAUAGUUCCAUAUCUAAUUAACUACAUCACAAGAAAAGAGAUCACUGAUAGAAUACGUCUCGGAAACUUCUUGUCUUCUGUUUUGCCACUAAUUAUUAUUUAUUCUUUGCCAUUGCAUUAUUUGUUCAAUGUCGUAAGAUUCAUGAUACAAAAGCAAAUGGUGUUCAACUCAGAUAUGUUCUCUUAUAACCUUGGCCAGCCAAUUGCUGACGCCAUAGUCAGAGUUUCACUUCUCAAUAAAGAAACAACAGUACACAGCCGUCUUUACUCUCUUGUUAAUCUACCUGAACCGACUCUUGAGGAGAGACUUGUUAAUCUCGCCAUCUCGCAGUCGAAACAUAUAUCUAAUUCAUAA